AUGGGGCAGGACAGGCUGGGACAUGGGGCAGAGCUGGGGGGACAUGGGCAGGAUAAGUACGCCAUGCUCCUGUCCCUCAUCUUCCUCAUCGUCCUGGUGGCUGCCAUCGUGGGGUUCGUCUUCAGGCACGAGAUUAAGGCAAACUUUGAGACCAACCUUAACCUGGCAUUGAAGAAUUACAACACAACAGUGGAUCAGCACAGUGAUGCAGUUGACACCAUCCAGAGAACACUCCACUGCUGUGGGAUCCAGAACUACACGGACUGGGAGAAGACUAAAUACUUUGCCCAGAGGGGGAUCCCUCAGAGCUGCUGCAAGAGCCAGGACGACUGCCCCGAGGGGGAUCUGAAGGACCUGAGCAAAGCCAAACUGAAAGUGUUUGUGGAUGGUUGUUUUUUCCUUGUGACAUCAAAAAUGGAGUCAAAAAUGAGCGUUGUGGCUGGAAUCUCCUUUGGCAUUGCGUGCUUCCAGUUGGUUGGCAUCUUUCUUGCCUGCUGCCUGUCCCGGUACAUCACAAACAAUCAGUAUGAGAUGGUGUAGCUGGCCCCAGCGCAUUGUGGCUGUGACCAAGGGAAUUCCUUCCGCUCUCCUGUGUCUCAGGAAAGCGUAGCCAUCUCCGGUUUUCCUCUGGACGCUGCUUUGUGGAAUCAUGCUUUGAAUUGACUGAUCUUCUUCUCAACUGGCUCAUAGAAACGAGUGCAACAGCUGUUCUGUUGCGCUCGGGGACUUGUCCUAACACUACUCUGCUGUACCACUGAGUGGGAUAAUUAGUGUAGCUGAGGUGGUUACAGUAACUGUGUUCCUCCGGGCGCUGCAGUCCCUGGCUCUUUCCUCAGCUGUGCACUGAAGUGCUGUGUUGAAGCAGACACUGCUGUCGUUCAUACUCAGACCUUGCUAGCUGCCUUGGAAGGUGGCCUCGUGGGACUCUCCUGUGCAGCAGUUAUCUUAUCUGGUGCCUCCACUGGGAAAGCAGUGCUUUCUCUCAUCUCUGACCUCUGCUCUUGGCCCUUGAAAUCUCAUCACAGUUCAGGCUCGCUCACUGGAUGUGGUUGCUCUUGAGAUGGGGCUGUUGCCCCGUUAAAACACUGCCCUGCCUGCCUGAAGCUCUUUGUUCAGCAAGGUUUCAGCUCGUUCCCAGGUUUUCUCUCAUCCCCAUGCUGGGUUUUAUAUCCUUUUUUUUAUAGUUGUCCUUUUCUAAGGAGUCUUGUUCCUCUCUUAAUCAGGCUCUAGUAAUUCUUUGUAAGCUGUAGCAAGGUUUGGUGGUGUAGCUCCUGGUGCCCUUACCCUGGUAGGUGUCCUUGUACUGAGUCAGCUGUGACUUGAUUGUCAGUAUUAUGUGCUGCUUUAACUCGUUUUGUGUGUUGAAUAGAACCCUUUGUCCUGAGACACAAUAAAUAUUAAGAUAUUUU